AUGGCUUCUAAAAUGCUUCUUGUUUUGCUUUUUAGUGCCUUAGUUUGCUCCACCAGUGCCAGGAAACUUGUCAGCACUGGAAAGGGUUCUUUUGAGGAUGGGAAAAAUUUGUUUGGCGGCGGUGGCUUAGGUGGUGGAGCUGGUGGAGGUGGUGGGUUAGGUGGUGUAGGUGAUGGUGGGCUAGGCAGUGGAGCUGGAGGAGGAUUGGGUGGGGGUGCUGGUGGGGGAGCUGGAGGAGGAUUUGGAGGGGGUGCUGGUGGGGGUGGAGGAGUAGGUGGUGGUGCUGGUGGCGGGUUUGGAGGUGGUGCUGGUGCUGGUGGUGGGAUUGGAGGUGGAGCUGGAGGUGGAGCUGGAGAUUUGGAGGAGGAGGCGGUGGUGGACUUGGGGGCGGCGCUGGUGAAUCGAAAUGCAAAGCUAAACUGCAAAACCAUAAAGAAUAAAUCCGAUGAUCAUAAAUCUAAUCUCUGUGGAAAGUUUGCUUUUGCGGCAGUGGAUAUUGAUCUUGAUAAUCCGUCAAAGGAGCUAUUCAAGUUGAAGACAUUGAUCAAAAGAUAA